AUGAGUGGUUUCAUUAAAAGGCUAGUAGGAAAAAUGAAAACCGUUUCAGCAGGUAAUUCAAUCGGCAACAAGAUGGACUCAGUUUACGUAAACUGGACCAAGGAACAACUAAUACGGAGGAUAGCUGAGUUAGAAAAUGCAAACAAGCAGCAUCCUGAUGAGCCACAGCACACUGAAGAAAAUAAGAAGCGCAAACUUCCACGGAAAGAGGUCAUCAAAACCAAGACCAAAAUAGCCCAGAAGAAGUUUGACUUUUCUAGACAUAAUACCAGACUCAUCGCGCUAAGAUUUGCCUAUUUAGGCUGGAAUUACAAUGGGUUAGCUAUUCAAAAAGAAUACACACCUUUACCCACAGUGGAGGGUAUCAUUUUGGAGGCCAUGAAUAAAUGUAAACUUGUUCCAUCACUGGUUUUACAAGAGUAUAAAUUCAGUAGAUGUGGUAGAACAGAUAAAGGCGUGAGCGCAAUGAACCAAGUCAUAUCUUUGAAAGUUCGUUCCAAUUUGACAAAUGAGGAACAACUUGAUUCGGCCAACGAUUGCAGGGAAAUAUCGUAUGUUCGUGUUUUAAAUCAAUUAUUGCCUGACGACAUCCGUAUAUCAGCUGUCUGCCUGAGACCUCCACCUGAUUUCGAUGCAAGAUUCAGCUGCGUUCAUCGACACUAUAAGUAUGUUUUUAAUGGGAAGAACCUUAAUAUUGAUAAAAUGUCUAAAGCGGCAUCAUAUUUUCUUGGAGAGAAUGACUUUAGAAACUUUUGUAAACUUGAUGGCUCAAAACAAAUCACCAACUUUAAGCGGACAAUGCUAAGCUCAAAAAUUCUUCCUCUUUCUGACACUUUCUACUGUUUUGAUUUGAUUGGCUCGGCAUUCUUAUGGCACCAAGUUCGUUGCAUGAUGGCCAUUCUUUUCUUAGCUGGUCAAGAACUUGAGGAGCCAGAAAUGGUCUUGCGCCUGCUUGAUAUUGAAAAAACACCUCAAAGGCCAAUUUAUGAUAUGGCAGAUGAUAUCCCACUAUUGUUAUAUGACUGUGAGUUUCCCCAACUAGAAUGGCAAGAAACUGCUGUAGAUGACUGUAAAUCAAUUAGGGUCACAACAGCGACUGAGGCGUUGACAUUACACUACGGGCUAAAAGCCAUGGUUAGCAACAUUUUUAAAGAUGUCCUGCCCACAGCAGAUACUAACAAUUUCACAAAGACAAUUAUCAACUUGGGUGAUGGAAAGGGAAAGAUAGUUGGAAAUUAUGUAAAAUUGAAGGAUAGAAGCGUGAUGGAAUCUGUCGAAGCUGUUAAUGACAAAUAUUCUAAAAGAAGAAGUAAAAAAACUAAAUAG